UCAACCUUACUAAAAAUUUUUAACAUUUUUAAAAAUUACAAAUGUGUCGUGCGAUUGGCUGGCGACCAGUUCAGAGUGUACCCCGCCUCGUGCCCGUCAACAGCUGGGAUAGGUUCUGGCGCUCCUGCGACCCUUGUGAGGAUAAGCUGCGAAGAAAAUGGAUGGAUGGAUUUUUUUUUUUUAAAAGGUCUCAAAAGUUUCUGUUACAAAAGGCUUGGAUCUAAAUCAGCAUAAUUAAUCUACCCACCCCCACCCACCAAAAAAAAAAAAAAAAUUAUGUGCAAGGGGAAAAAAAUUGGUCCAAGUUAUUUGUGUUGGGAAAAAAAAAUCAUUGAAAUUGAUCUGGGUAUUAUGUAUAGAAAAUGAUAUAAACAUUGAAUGAUGGAAGAGUGGGGCAGCUGGAUAGAAAAUCUGUCUCACAGUUCUGAGGACUGUAGUUCAAAUCCUCGGCUAUGCCUGCGUGGCUUUUCUCCUCUUAUGGGCUCCAGCACUCCCGUGACCGUUGUGAGGAUAAGCGGUCAGAAAAAAAUCGUAAUCUCUUUUGUAAACGUAGUCAAAGUUUCCAAAACAGAAUCAAGUGCGCUAGUUUUAUGGGCACAGAACCGAGCGCGAGCAAAUGAAACGGGAAUGUGGAACCAUCCUUUGACGCAUGCGCAGAGGGGACGCUCCAUCGGCAGCCGUCUAUUGGCCAGUUGCCUUGUCCGUCACCAUUGCGGGGGCGGGGCGUUGGCAUUCCUCUCCAGCUGGAGGAAAAGGAAAAAAAAAAAAGAGAAAGUUACCAAAAUGGCGGCGUCAAGCUGCCCGUCCGCUUGAAAACAAAAGAGAGGAGCGCCAGCGAACGGGGGAGCCCUCCCGGGAGGAGAAGCGACGACUGACAAGCGGCCUGGCCCGAGCAUGCUGCGUUUGCGAGCCAACUAGCAAGUCAGGCAGCCAGGCGAGCCCCUCGAACACGGCUAGCCGAACAGCUAGCCGCGGCUAACUGCUACACGGAGGGAGGGGAGGCGAGCGAGCGAGCGAGCGGGCGGGCGGGCGUCGGAGGAGGAGGAGGAGGAGGCGGGCGGGCAGGCAGGCAGGCAGGCAGGCGGCACGAUCAGCUGUUGCCUUAACAGAUGCCGGAGAAAUAGCGCACAGCUACACGUCCACAGUAAGUGCUUUUUACACGCGCGGACGAUGUUCACGUGGUAGUGGCCGAAAGGAGCUAAGCUCCAUUUUUCUCUUGGCGACCGAAGUUGGGCAACAAGAAAGUCCGCUCCAAAGAGUCGCCGAGUGGGCUGAGAUCCCCUUUUAGCCUUUAGCCUUUAGCCGCCAGUAGCAUCGAACAAGUUCACUGGCUACCAACUUGACAAGUUCCACUCAAUCGUGCCCCCAAAUAACAUGGCGUUUUCUCCUUGAGCUCGCUCGGUCAAAGUCGACCCCUUCAUUUCGUCUUUCCUACUUUUUCUCUGCACUUUUUGCCAAGUUGGCCGAGUUGAGGAAUGCGCUCGGCGGAGGAAGCAUGUAAACAAAACGCACGCAAACGAUGCUAAUGCGCUAGUUGAGCUUUGUGGCCAACUUUUUUUUUUUUUUUUUUGUGCGGAUCGUCGCUCAACAUUUUUCAGCAGCUCGUCCUCGUCGCGUCUCGAUCUCCUCCCCGGCCUGCCGGCCGGCCAGCCGGCGGUUGCUAAAGGCUGCCUAUUAGCAAGACAAAGGUCGCCUCCAAUGGAGCCAGCAGCCCGGCAGGCUUUGUAAGGGUCGAGGGAGGGAGGGAGGGAGGGAGGUGGUGGUGGCGGCGUAUACACCAAAAAACCAAGGAGAGAGCACGGGAAGGAAGCACAGUCGUCAGCGUUUUAUGGACCGAACCUGACCUUUUAAUUUUUUUUUUUUUUUUGAAUUGAUGAUGGCGGAUUUUGUUACACCGCGACACAGCGCGGUGAUGGAGCGGCUGCGGCGGAGGAUCGAGCUCUUCCGGCAGCAUCACAACAGCUGCGAGAGCCGCUACGAGGCCGCCGCGCUGGAGAGUCUGGAGCUGGAGAGGCAGCAGACCUUCGCCCUGCACCAGCGCUGCUUGCAGGCCAAGGCCAAGAGGACCAACAAGCACAGGCAGCCCUCGGCCGCCACCGCGGAGCAGGCGGGCCAGAGGGCGCCCGGGAGCGGCGGCGGCGGCGGCGCAGCGAGCGCGGAGCUCGGCGACGGCAGCGGCAGCGGCAGCGGAGGAGCUGCCGAACAGAGCCGCAACAGCACCCUCAUUGCCUUGCAGGAGACUGUGAAGAGGAAGCUGGAGAGCGCCGGUUCCCCUCUGGACCGGGAGCAGGUCAACGGCUUCUCUGACGGCUUCCCGGCCAGCAAGAAAGCCUGCGUGGACGCCGCCGGCACCGACGGGUCCCCCGUGGACUCCAAACUGGGCCUGGGCGACGCGCUGGCCUCCGACGGCACCCGCGGCCUCGGUAGCGAGUCGGCGGACGGCGCCAAGGAGGCUCCGGCGGCGGGCGACUUCCGGCGCAAGGAGAUGAAGCAGGAGCCCGACGACAUCCUGCCGAUCAUGCCUCCUUCGGGGGGAGGGAACAACAACAACAACCUGUUCCCGGACCUCAACUUCAACGAGCAGGAGUGGACGGAGCUCAUGGAAGAGCUGAACCGCAGCGUGGCGUACGAAGACAUCCAGGACAUCCUCAACGACGGCUUUGAGGACCGCAAAGACCCUCUGGAGAUGACCCCCAAUCAGGGCGGGGGCGCCCAGUCCUCCCAGGGUCUCCUCCCUCUGGAUUUGGGAAGCGUGAAAGCCGAGUUCUCCCCGUCCCCCUUCGAGCAGGACACUCGCACGGGUUCCCCUCACGUCCGCGCGGCGUCUUCCGGGCCUCCUCGCCCCGCGGGCUCUCCGGCGGCCGCCUCCUCCCCGGCCGCGCCCCUGCCCAGGCAGCACCCGCCGGUGCCGGUGCCGCCGCCGCCCGCCCCCAACCACCUACUGGCGAAAGAUCUGUCCCCCGCCCAGCAGCUUCAGCAGCUGGCCGCCCAGCAGCAGCGGGCCCAGCACCUCCACAGCCAGCUGCAGCACAAACAGGCGCCGCCCGGCGGGGCCAAGUUCCACGGCCAGGGGCCCCCGCACGCCCACCCUCCGCCCUGGACGCAGAGCCCGCUGGGGCCGGCGGCGUUCGCCAUGGACAAGGCCGCCGGCCCCUCCUCCUUGUACUCGCAGGACUUCAAUUCCAACGCGCAGAAGCAGCGGCUGAUGUCCGUCCAGCCCCCCAAGGGCUCCCCCAAGGCGGGGGCCAACAGCUUCACGGCGGGGGGCGGCGUGAUGGGCCACCCGGCUCAAGGAGCCCCCCUCAACCACGCGGCCGCACCGGGGGCUCAGGCGGCCGUGUUGAACUACAACAACACCAAGCCCUUAUCCCAUUUUGAGGCCGGGCCCGGGCCCGGGCCCAGGCCCCCCAACCAGGCCCCCCAGAACCAGAAUAAGGCCGCCCUCCUCAGCCUGCUCAGGCAACAGCAGCAGAUGAAGCAGAAGAACAUGAACUUCCGCCAACAUCUACCACACGCGCAGGACCAGAACUCUUACCCGACGCCUCCUCACGGGCCCGGCCCGGCCAACGCCCUGACGUCCGCGGCGGGCAACGGCGGCAUGGGGGCGCCGCCCGGGGCCAACGCCCUGGCAGGUAAUCAUAGCAACACGGCCUACCUCAACAGCCAGGCGGCGCUCAAGCAGCAACAAAUUCUGGAGCAGCAGAAGCAGCAGUACCUGCAGAGACAGCAGAUGAUGGCCGAACAGGAGAAGCAACGUCAGCAGGACCAGCAGCUCCAGAGACACCUGACCAGACCCCCCCCUCAGUACCAGGACCAGUCUGGACAGACGGCCAAUCAGAACGCUUUCCCUCAGACGCCCGUCACCCAGUUUACAGGUCCGUCGCUGGCCAGCGUGUCUUCCAUGGGAGGACCCGCGCCCGCCGGCCAGCGCAUGUUCCCCCAGGCGCAAGGCAUGAUGGGAAUCAAAAUGGCGUCCGGCGGCGCGCCUCCGCCCCCGACGGCGAGCCAGGCGGACUUGGGGCUGACGUCGUGCGGCGGGGAUGUGCAGCAGAUGCUGUACAACAACAUGAACCUUCACCCGCCCCAACAGCGCCAACCCAUGUACAGGCACGCGGUGCUGACCCAGCAGCAGCAGCAGCAGCAGCAGCAGCAGCACCGCAGCAAACAGCCCAACGCAGCCUUGUUGAAGCAGCAGCAGCAGCAGCAGCAGAUGGCAGCCGCCCGCAUGCCCGCCAGCAUGCAGGCCAGCCCCAACGCUGUGUGGCAGCAGCAGCAGCAGGGCUUGGCCCCCGCCGCCUUCGCCAACGCGUUCCACGUGCAGCAGCCUCGGAUCCCCAAGAUGAGCGCCGGCUCCACCGCCGCUUUCAACGCCAACCCCGCCGGCCGGCCCGCGGCGGGGAUGAUGGCCGGCCCCCAGCAGCGGGCGCCCUCCAACCCGCAAAGCCUGGGCCCGCCCCAGACUCAGCAUCAACAAGCGACUCAGAACCACCCCGCCAAUCAGAACGUCCUCCCCGACCUGGCGGCUUUCGGGCCGGCGGCGAGCGGCUUGGCCUGUAACCAAGGUUACCAGGUCAGCAGGACGGCCAAUCAGCAGCAGCUCUCCUUCGGCUACAACGCGGCGGCGGGCAGCUUCGCGGCCGAGAGCGACCUGGUCGAGUCGCUGCUCAAGGGGCAGAGCACGCACGAGUGGAUGGCCGACCUGGACGAGCUGCUCGCGUCGCACCAGUAGACGGGCCCGGGGACGACGGCGCCUUUAUUUUCAUGUGUCGGAUCCCAAAAAAAAAUGGAUGUGGGCUUAGGCCCGUUACACACACGAGGAUCUUUGGAGGCUUUCACUAAACGACAGGAGGAGGAGGCGGCGGCGCUUUGAGCAACGUUAAAACCAGCCGUCAAAUUUGAUCCACUUUGGUGUUGACAAACAUCUUGGGGGUCAUUUCAAUCUUACGGCCGUCGCGCAGACGCCCCCGUUAGCGCGCUGGUGUCCUGUCUUCACAUCUUUGGUUUUGCUCCCAUAAUCGCAACACACAAAAACGUUGCAUCGCGCAGGCCCCACGCUGGCGGGAUCGGGAUUUGAACACCGGUCCCUCCACCUGCCCGCUGACAGAAAGCGAGUGUGAUCUGGGGGGGGGGGGGGGACAUAGUCCAGAUAUUUGGUCCCUUAACGCGUCCAACAAUAAAGUGUUUUUUUUUUUUUUUUUUUUGCCAAUGUUUGGUGGGCCGUCGCCGUCUUCUGCUGUAAUGCGGUCAGAAGAAAAACGGGACGGGCCCAUCAACGGGUCGGGCUCGGCUUCCCCGUCGGCCGCUUGCUCGGUUUGCUUCCCGGUGAGUUUCGUUUCGUUCCACGUCGUGAGUGACUCGGAGAUGUCGGCUUUCCACGCUCGCGUGAACUCGUUUCACGUUUCGGGCGUGAGGACCUUCUCGAAUGUCUUUUUGUGUGUACCGGGCCUAAGUCCUCCUGGCCAGUAGUCGGCGCUUCUCUGCUACGGUUUGACGCGCCGGUAAAUGGAGAAAGAGACAAAAUUGACAUGCGACGUCGAAGAAAUUGCAGCGUCGGUGAGUACUUGAGCGAGUACUCGUAGCGGUCUCGGACAUCCCGACGGGACGACGGUUGGCCGGUCGUCUGUAAAUGUUUGCAAAUCUAUUUUUUUCUAUGUAACGUGACGAUCUGGACAUAGAUGUUAUUUUUAUAUCUGGCAGAACAUUUUUGUAAGUAUUUUCUACUUUUGAUAUGUUUGUGUCAAACAAGAUGAUGAGAUGGACUGUAAAUAUAAGAUACUCCCCAACCAAAGAUCAGCAGUCCUUGCGUGGCCUUCUUGCUUGUCAUUUGCAUGCGCCGGCAAUCAUUGGCCGAGCGUCGGCAGUCCGGGACCUCACACUCGAGCGGACGCCAUGGAUCACCGUCAAGUCGUCGGCCUCGCCGCCGUCACCGUGGCCGCCGUCCUGCAGCAAGCGUACUUCUCCCUGCAGGUGAUCGGCGUCCGGAGAAAGUUUGGGGUUUCCCCCCCGUG